AUGAGCAACAAUCAGGUGAAUGUGGAGAAUUUCCACGCAACAGCGGCCGUGCCUGGUCCGUCGCUGAUCAAUCGACCACCGGCGCUUGUGAUUCCAGGGAUAUACGAGCCGAAUAAGCAACGAUACGAUGGUACGCGGAGAAUGUUGAAGUCGCCUCCGUUGAUCUGCGAACAAGGCCCGUCAGCGCCUUCGUCGCCAACUUCACCACGACCUCGUCGACCGUUUCCGCUCACUGAAGACGCGAUGCAUCGAAUCAAUCUGUUGAGCUCCGGUUACGACUACGGCAAGUUGUCACCGAUGUCAACGUACGCGACAUCGGAUCUUGGCUCGAGUCCAAGAUCGUCAAUCAGCGUGGCUUCGGCAAAUUUAUCACCGUGGAUAAAUUUUCGUGAGAACCAUAAGAACAGCUUCGAUCUCGACGAUGGCGGAUCGGAUGUGUGCAGCAAAGAGCUGUUGUCUCCCGGGAUGAUGCUCUCUCCCGCACCGUACUCACCGUUCUCGGACUGUGAGGACCCAGAGACACCGUACUCCACCUACGCACGAUCACCGAACUUAUCGCCGAACCCGUUGACGCGCAGUUUCAACCAUUUUAGUUUUGAUCAAAUACGAAGCAGCAGUUCGAUGUCAGGCCGCCACCACAACCUCAUGGUACCAGAAACGCAUACAUUAGAUCCUGAAUCACGAGAGCGAAGUCGAUCAGACAGCGAUAUGUCACCAAAAGAAGAACGUAUGGACACAUCGCUGCAAUCGACAAUCUCUGUUCCUGCAGCGACAUCUAGACGCCUCUCGUCAACAGGACAAUAUAAAAAGCGACUUCUACAGAAGUAUCAAGAAGAACAAGAGGAACGACUAGCGUCAAAACAUCGAAGUAGUAGCAGUCCGCCGCCGAGCGCUACAGAAUCCGAAAUAGAUGACUCAGAUUUACGUAGUGUGAGUAGAUUGGCUUCAAGGCAACCUACGAUCGAAGAACCGCCACCGUCACCACAACAUGAGAAUACAAACGAAAAUUUAGAAAAUGCCAUGCGACAAGCGCUUGGCGGUCAAAGUCAAAUCCAAAUGUGGAUGGAACGACAAAUUGUGGCGCUACAAGCGGUAAACAUGUACAACAAUGCGAUGAACAGCGGACUUCUUCAGGUCCCAAAUCCACAACUGCUCGCCCCGCCCACUGAUCACCUUCCACGCUCACCACUGUUGCGACAGAGUACGGUAGACAUCACCGGUGCAGGACUUGGUGCAGGUCCUGUCAAAGGUGCGACCCUAUGGAGGCGAAGUCGAUCGGAGUCGGACGUGAGCCGAAAUCUUACAACGGGACCGUUUGUCUGCGCUACAUGUGGCCAGGCAUUCGCCUUACACGAUCGUCUAGCAAAGCACAUCGCUUCUCGUCAUCGGGAUCGCUCUGCAUCUGCUUUGGCUGAGGCCGAUGGCGCGAAAUCGCAUAAGUGCAACAUUUGUAACAAGAGCUUCGGACGGAGCGAUAUGCUAACAAGGCAUAUGCGAUUGCACACCGGUCUGAAGCCCUACAGUUGUCAACUAUGCGGGCAAGUGUUCUCGCGUUCGGACCACCUCAGCACACAUCAACGGACACACACGGGAGAAAAACCUUACCAAUGUCCAUUAUGCCAAUACGCAGCGAGUCGUCGCGAUAUGAUCACUCGUCAUUUGCGGACGCAUGUACGCCCGGAUGGUUCCCCGGUGGACAUUUCAGUGCCUAUCGCUCAACUCUCAUUGACACCGUCAAUAUCGCCCGUCCCGGCAAAUUUCGGUCAUACUUCGCCGCAGUCGGCGACGGCGGGCGAUGUUCGCCAGCUGCUCAAUACGGUUGGCGGAAGUCUAGAAGUACCGUCGUUGUCGUCCGGUGAAAAGUCUGCGUUUCUUCCAACGUCUGCGCGUCUCUUAUCACCACACUCUCUCUCGUCAGUCACGCCUACUUCUCACUCACCAGUGUUAUCCAGACAAGCAAGCGUUGGUGGAUUUUUACCAACUCAAGGAAUUGGGAACCAAUUGUGA